AUGCAGGACUUUUUGAAGGACUCAAAGAGAAUCCUAAACGACAUAGAGACACUGAACUCAUAUACAAAUAGUAUUGACUACCUAAGUUCACAGAAGAACAGUUCGGUUCUAAGUAAAGAGGAGGAGAAGGGGCUUAAUAACCAAAUCGAUGUGUUGAACGGACGGUUUCGAGUACUUUCAAGAAAGAUCAAGGAAAGAAUAGAUAAGUUCUCCUCUGAAACAGUAGAGCUUGAGAAGCACAAUCAGAAGGAUAAGUUCUACCAUGAAACAAGGAAGAUUCAUCUGCAUGCCCAAUCGAAGAAACUUACCGAGGCCAUAAAUAGAUACAGAGAGUCACAGAUCAAGCAUCGAGAGGAUGAAGUGGACAAAUUCCGUCUCCAGUACAUCAUUGCAAAGCCAGAUGCAACAGAGAAGGAAAUAGAGGAUUUCAUCGGAGAUGACGAUGGGACAAAGGUGGCCUCUGCAUAUGCAUUAGGGGCACAUUCGGCACAAGGAAUUCUCGAGGAGGCUGAGAAUAGGAAAAAAAACAUCAAGAAAAUAGAAGAGAUGGUCCAGGAGAUCGUAGACUUGUUAAAUCUGAUCAGCCAGGAAGUCUCCAAACGCACGGAGGUGGUUGAGGCCAUAAACGAUGAUCUCAUUGCUGGAGAGGAAAACACUGCAGCAGCAAAUGCGGACCUUGAGUCUGCUUUGGAAUACCAGAUAAGAGCAACUAGAAUCAAAAGAAUAUUUGUGUAUGGAAUCCUUAUUAUUGCACUUAUAUUCUUGAUAUACUUUGUUUUCAGAACUAACUUUUUCGGAGCUUUUGACAGAGUCCGUUAUUACUAG